ACUUCCGGCAUAACAAACCCCGGAAAAGAAGUACAGCUUUUUGUCAGUGACUUGGACACAUGGGGUUGACUUCUUGAGUAGGCCUAUCUAGUACUUAUUAGUACUAUCUACAAAACCUCUUUGAUUUGUGUAAGUUGGCUACUUGAGAACUUACAGUCUAUAAAAUGGCACCAAAAUGUCCUCCACCUUUGGUUACUGGGGUGUCUCCUAAGGAAGGACCACCUGGAACAAGAAUCACUAUCAGGGGAGAAAACCUUGGGAAUGAUCCAAGGGACCUAAUUGGCUUGAAGAUCUGUGAAAUGGACUGCCUUUUGUCUGCUGAAUGGAAGUCCUCUAGUAAGAUCAUAGCUCGCACUGGCCCAGGCAAGGGGAAAGGGGACAUCAUUGCCAUCACAAGAUCUGGGGGCAAAGGAAGCUGUACUGUAGGGUUUAGAGGAUAUUUUCUACAGACAGGUCCACUUCAAGAAUCAGCUGUUUGGGUGGAUGAAUCUCUGACUGUACGACCAAACUUGGAUCAUGGGAGACCUACUGCAUCCAUUGCUGCCAAAGAAGAAGAAGAUCCACUAGGGAUUUUGGACGAAGGGGAUAAGGUGAAGUUGACUGAAGAAGAACUGCUGGAAAUGUUUCAAGAUGGAUCUGGGAAUAUGUCUCUGGAAAACUUUUCACCUGGUUGGUACCUGCUGGAGCAUCACCAGAACGCCAGCUUUGAAGAUCUGAAGGCUGGAUUGAGUUACAUGAAAAGAAAAGCAAGCCAAAGGUCAGAGGGUCCCAUCACAAUUGUCAGAUCCAACCUCACCUCCAUUUUAGACUGCCUUGAUAGCCUAUCUUCUAUGUAUGAGAAAUACAGUGAGGAUGAUAUACGAGGCAAUUGUAUGAACUCAUAUGCUGUCCUUCUGAUGCAGGCAAAAUCCUGUGCUGAUGGCCUUUUUCAAGAAGUUCUUGGUCGGAAAGAUAAAGCAGAUUCGACUAGAAAUGCACUGAGUGUUAUUCAAAAAUUCAGAUUCCUUUUUCACUUGCCUUUGAACAUUCAGCGAAAUAUACAAAAGGGAGAUUACAACAUGGUCAUCAAUGACUAUGAAAAAGCCAAGUCACUCUUUGCUGACACUGAAAUCAAAGUCUUUAAAAAGGUGUACAGAGAUGUGGAGCGCAGGAUCACAAACUUUAGAGACAUGCUGUACAAGAGACUGAAAGACCCCAACAACACACUAGAUGAACAGAAGAAACUCAUCAGGUACCUGGUGAGCCUAGAACACAAAGGUGACCCUGCGUGGGAAUGUCUGGAUAACCAGCAGAAGUGGUUGAUUGAGCUACUGGAUGAUUGUAAGGAUGAUCACAUAGAAGAAGAAAAAAACAGCCUCCAGGAAUCUUUAUCCUCUUCACAGAACACCAAUCACUGGAGGCCUAAAAAUCAUCUCAACAAAUCCCCAACUAAAUCAGGUUUGUCAAGAGAGUCAAGCUUCUCAUCCAUUUCUUCAGCUGACCACCACAGUUCAUGGAGGUUUAAAACCCCCCAGAAAGUUUUGUUUGUGGAAGACAUCACUGACAUCAUGCUCCAACACUUCCCUGAUUACUGGAGGCUGGGCCAGAGCUACUUCACAAGGGAGAAAUCUGAGAAAGGUGUAAAAAUUGACACCAGUAAGCAUGGAAAGAUGAAGCAAAUGAUGACUGAAGUUAUCACCCUGUUUUCUAAUUAUGUAAGAGCUGCCUUCCUGCCAGAGUCCCUGGAAAACUUACCUGAGAACGAGCGAGUUAAGUUUGGGGUUUGGCCCUCAUCAGGCAAACAGGACCAUGUGUCGGGAGCGUGGCUCCCCACCUGUGUAAGAAAUAUCAGAAAUUGUUCCAACACUUUAUCAGCCCUAGAUGGGCACGGUGACGCCAUGAUUGUCCUCAACGAGCUGGCAUUUGACAUGAGGACCAACUGCAUGUUUACCCUACUCAAACAGGCCAUAAUAGAUGUCAAAUCUUUGCAUACCAAGGAAACAUGGGUAGUUGAGACAGAUGAUGAGUCAGGGGGAACAACUCAGCUGCCUGCCCUGUUUGAAAACAUUGUGAAUGAAACAAUACAGCAUCUGCAUGAGGUUGUGGUCAUGAACAAAGCCCCCGAACCUGAGAUAUUUAGCCAGCGACCAAUCCAAAAAGAGGCCACAGCAUUAUGCAGUCAGUUGCUGCAAGCCUUCUCUGUCUGUAUGGAGCAGUUAGUUUUUAGCCCACCUCUACAGAAGACAGAAACCAAACAUAACGUGAAAAUUCUGAUUGGACAAGACAUAGAACUAGAGCAACAUGAAGAUCCUAUUCCAUCCAUGGACAAAAGGCUGAUCAUUAUGCUGAGUAAUUGUAGCCACACAUUGAACCACGUCAUACCUCGCACCAUUGAAAACCUCACCAAGCACGGCUAUGUCCAGAUGGAGAAGGCACUCAAGGCUGCCCAAGAUUCCUACAGUGACCUGGACAACCGUUUGUUUUCCAGCUACAUUGAGCAGAAGUCUGACCCCAUCCUGGGGGUCAUGGAGCCCAACAUGUAUAGGGGGGGCUUCAACUGGAAGACCUGGAAAAACCCCACGGGGGUCCGCAACUAUCUGAAGGAAAUCAUCAUGAGCCUCACUGAAGUUCAUGCUGAGGUGUACAGCAUAUCCCCCAGGUUUGUGAUGAGGGUGAUGAAAAAAAUCACAGAGGCCGUGUGUGAGGAGGUUUCCAGGCUCAUCCAGUGUGUCACAGAGUUCAAUGCUUGUGGGGCCAUACAGGCACGACUAGAACUAGAAGCUUUACAAAGCACAGUCAAGAUCUACAGUACACCGCAUGUACAAAAUAGUUUUAAAGCUGCUUUAGCCUGUGUUCCAGAAUUGUCUGAGGAAGGCAAACAGGUUGUGGCCCAGCUGUUGGACAAGUUCCGCUCACGGAUGAAGAUCCAGCUCAUGUGCUUCAACCCGGAUAUAUCAUCUCCAACAACACUGAAGAAAGCCCAGCUGUCUGUCUCCAAGUGCUAGGCCUGUGACUGUGUGUAUUGGACGAACAUUGUGUGGCACAGAGCUUCAGUGUGCUUCAUCUUGUCAGUUGUACACACUGUGUGUUCAAUCUUCAAUCUUUGACUGUUGGUUGAAUGUCUAACUGUUAGUGGCACAAUGCUUCAGUUUGAAUGUCUAACUGUUACCGGUACAUAGCAUCCCAGACUUAAACCUUAUCAGACAGUGUUUUCUGCCUGAGCCAAGCCUUUCAACCACAGUGGAGAUUGGACAGCUUGGUUAUUUAGAUAUUAUGGUCCUGUUUCAAAAGAUGAAGAGAUUGUAUGAAAAUCUUGGUGUUUGACUUUAACUGGAGAUGAGAUUUGUAGAAUAAUUUUUCUUCUUCUCACGAAUGUUAUGUUUUCGGACAAGAAAAGUGUAGGCUGUGAUGGAAUACACGUUUACUUGAGUUUGAUCUCUGUGAUAUUACUAUAGACUGAUUGAGAUGCUUAUGAUAUUUUGGAGUGAACCCAGCUUAAUGCGUACCAGUGAAUUGUAAGACAUCAUUGAGUAUUAACUGUAAUAGUGGAUACUUUGCAUACAUCUCUAGGAUAUCCCUGAGUGAUUUCAGCUCUUAUGGGUACCUGGCAUGACUGUACAACCUUCAAGAUUCCAUUCCAGCUCAGACAGCCUGUUGUUAUGGCAGAGGAAGUAGAGUUGGCUGAAAAUCAUACUGGUCGCGCACUACUUAAUUACACAUAGGCACAAAAAACAGAUCUACUCUACAUCACCUACAACCAUGUCUAACUUAACAUUUAUAGGAUAAGUGUUGCUUCACUGUUUGAUGUAGGUAUAAAGUCGCUUGCUUCAAAUAUUUCAUAUUGCUUUAUUUAAAGUUGUAAAGUAUUGGUUUGUCGUCAUGUUGACAUUAAAAACUAACCAGCUGUCUUACUACUUCAUCAGUUACUUUGCUUUAUAAUUUAGUUAAUUGGUUUUCACAAUGCUGUAGGCCUACACAUUUGCUCCUAAAAUAAUAAAGUAACAUAAUUCAAGUACAAUUAGAGGUUUAGUGAGUGUGAUGAAUUAUUUUUAUUGAACUAAUUUUUUUUUUUUUGUAUUGGCUUGAUUUGGUGGGUCAUCUUGAAAUUGGACCAGCUCCAUUAUUGCAUACAAUAGAAAUAUAUAAUACUUUCCCUGAACAGCAAAUGGUUUCAAUAGGUGGUGAACUCUAAAUAACUGUUGAGUUGUUUUGCUUACCUGCAUGUAAAACAGAGGGCCAGGUGUUCAGGAUUUGAUAGUCUCUGCACCCAGGUGUACUAUUGACAUGUUUACCUGCUGUCAUCAUUGUGAGAUUACCUCAUGUAAUACAGGUGACAAGUUACUAAGUUGAACACAUUUUGUUGAAAGGUAGUGAAUCAUAGGAUAGUACUUUUGAAUGACUUAUUAUAUUUAAAGGGUACCAUAAAGUAUGCAAUAUUCAAUAUUUGCGACAUUCUUGUCAGUUUUUCGUGUGUACAUA